AUGGCAUUUCAUCCAUCUGCUCUGACGCCAAUCCCAGAGAAUGAAGCAAUUAUUUUAGUCUCCGACUACGAAGUGAUAUUGAACCACAAGACCAAAUCCUCUUUCUCAAUUUGGAAAUGCUCUCACCCGGACUGCAUUGCAUACCCAUACGCCAAGAGAGCCCUAUACUGCCGAAUAGUGCAACGACCUCUCUGGGCACUAAUUUUUAUUCUUGGCAUCCUCAAUCUCCUCACCAUGGCAUCGCAAUACCUUGGUUAUGUCUUUCGACAUGAUCGCGCGUUGGGUAUUUUCCCUGGGGAACAUUCCUCUAGGUUCUCCAACUGGUUUACCCAUGGUGUCACCCCCGUACCAUGCCACUCGCACAACGACUACUGGCGUCGUGUUCCACUACGCUCGGCACUUCGUGCAGGAUGCACCAGCAUCGAGGUCGACGUCUGGCCAUGGGGAAAUGACAUUCUAGUUGGCCAUUCACGCCAAACAGCCCUCCGGGGAACAUUGCAGAGCCUCUAUUUUGACCCCCUGCUAAAGAUGCUCGACACACACAAUGAGCCUCCUUCUCGCCACUGGCCGAAAGUCAUAAACCAGGAAAUGAUCGGGGUGUUUUCCAACGACCCAAAGCAGACUCUGGCUUUGAUGAUUGAUUUCAAAACCGACGGCGAGGAGCUCUGGCCUCUACUUGUCGAACAGCUGAGUCCGUUUCGUGAAAAGGGCUACUUGACCCACUCCAAUGGCUCUGAUGUUGUAUACGGCCCAAUUACUAUCGUCGCCAGCGGAGAUGCCCCUUUUAACCUGAUGUUGGAGAACUCAAACUACCGCGAAAUCUUCUAUGAUGCACCUCUUGACAACUUGACAUUUCCGACCGAGAUAGCGGCAGACGACAGCAAACCAGUGGAUUCCACCUAUAACCCAUCCAACAGCUAUUAUGCAUCAGCAGACUUCCGCACGGCUAUCGGGUCUCUCUCUCUUGGCCGUCUGUCGGAUGCUCAGAUCGCUACGAUUCGGAGUCAAGUACAUGCAGCUCAUGAAUUGGGGCUGAAGGUACGAUAUUGGGGAACUCCCACCUGGCCGGUGGGACUACGGAACCAUGUUUGGAGUGUACUUGUGCGCGAGGGCGUGGAUGUGAUCAAUACAGAUGAUUUGCGUGGUGCAACUAAGCAAGACUGGAAGUCUCAGAACUGGUGGGUUUGGUAG